AUGGCCUCGUACAGCACCAUCCCGAAAGAGACCGAGCCGCUCGUCGCCAAGAAGCAGAGCAACAAGAUGUGGAUCGGCGCCGUCGCGGCCAUAUGCCUCUUCUCCGCCGUCCUCGGUAUGGCGCGCGGAAGGUAUCCGCGUGAACGCGGUCGCGUGGUCGCGCGACGGUCAAAAGCUUGUGGUGGGUGGGGUUCCAAACGAUGGAGGCAACAGCUUGCGCUUCUACGACGCGGAAAGUGGACAACUGCUGCAUGAUAUAAUUUUCGCUGACGGUUCCGCGGUCAACACGAUCGCUUUUAGCCCGGACGGCAAGCACCUCGCCGUGGGCGGGGAAUCACCGGAAAUUGUCGUGAUUGAUGCGCAAAGGUAUUUUAUCGUGGACAAGGAGGCUCAGGAUUUGUCGACGUUUUCUUUGGAUUUCGAUGCUGACUCGACCCUUGCUGCUGGUACGGUCGACAGCGUCCUGGUGUACGGCCACUCAGACAAUGAGUACGAGAAAUACUUCGAGCAAGAAAUCGCCGACCCAGAUUAUACCGUCAGGGUUAACAAGAUCGUCUGGUCGCCCACGGAAGCGGGCCUCCUCUUCGCGGGCAGCUCUGACGGCCACGUCCGGGCGUUUCGCGUCCCGAGCCCUCCGACAAUGGCGCCGACUCUGACGCCGGAAACUCCGUCCCCCACGCACCACGAGUCCGACGCCGCAACUCCGUUCGCCGCGAGCGCCGCGGUCGGCCUCCUGGCGCUGGUGGCCUUCUAG